UUAAAUUAUAAAAAAUUAUUAGCUGCUGUUGAUUUAGAGGAAUUAAAUUAUCAUCUCGAGAAUGAUAAUGACUGCAGUGGCGGAAAAUAUACUUUGCCCAAUAAAUAAUUUUUUAGGAGAGGAAUUCACCGUUUGGCAAUGUUUUCGCCAGUCUCACAGGCAAGAUCAUGUUCGUUCAUGAUCAACUCAAUCACAAUGGAGGUACAUGCAGCUAAAAAUAAAGCCACCAACAUCUCUAAAACCUCAGCCAACAAUCUUCAAUCUCCGGGAGAAUCGCGAAUCUGUAUUUAUCAACUGUUUGGCCCGUGCAGGCCAAUCACGUAUUAUCGAACUUAUAAAAUGAUCAAACGAAAUUUGGCGAGGCGCAUGGCUGACACCAACAUGUGGGGCUCUGAUUCACAUUACACGUGUGAUUGGCCCGGGAUUCGCGUCUGGGUCAAAGCACGGGAAAAGCUGUGGACAAAGUGGAAAAGAGAGGGGUGGAGGAGGAAGGGAGAAAUGCCAAAAGUGUCACAAAAACAGAAUCACACAGAAGCACACAGUGUUACCAAAUGUCCCGUUAUCAUCGUUAAUAUUUCGUGA